AUGAAUUUAGACCUGAGAGAAGAACCAGGGGAGAGCAACCCGAUCAUCUACCCUAUUGCGCAAUUCACCAAAUGGUUUAAAGAGGCCAGUGAGGGCGGGUCCACGGACCCGAUCCCAGAGUCUGCUGUCCUUUCAACUGCUCAGCUGCCAUCCGGUCGAGUUUCGUCUCGGGUGGUGCUCUUCAAGGAGCUAGACCACCGAGGAUUCAUUAUUUACUCCAACUUCGACACGUCCAAGAAAUACAAGGAUAUUCGCAGCAAUCCACACGCAGCUCUUAACUUCUUCUGGAAGGAUCUGCAAAGACAAGUGCGUGUUGAAGGUAUCGUGGAAUUUGUCGAUUACGAAACGUCCUCCCGUUAUUUCGGCACGCGUCCUCGAGGCUCGAAGAUCGGCGCUCAUGCAUCGCCUCAAUCGUCUAUACUCAAGGACAGAGAUGAGCUUGAGGAAAAAUACAAGGAGGCAGAACAGAAGUUUUCCGACGCUAAGGACGAGGAGAUUCCGUGUCCUCCAAAAUGGGGUGGCAUUAGAAUUGUUCCGCUAGAAAUUGAGUUCUGGCAAGGCAGAAAGAGCAGAUUACACGAUAGAUUUACUUACACCCGCGCCUCGCCAGAUGAGCCUUGGAAGCUUUUGAGAUUAGCACCUUAA